AUGUCAUUUCCAUUUUCCACAUCUUCUUCUCUAAAACUUUCAUCUAAGAAUCAAGAUUCAAAAGGUACUCUUCUCUCUCUCCACACAAAAUCUAUAUAUAUAAAUAUAUUUAUAGUAUCAUCUGUCAUUCUCUGAGCUAUUGUCCAUGAAAGUUCUAGUGGUGAGAGCUCAACCAUUAUUACUAUUUAAAAAGAGGACCUUUUUUCUCUCAACCCCAAAUAACCACAAAAAAGAUUUCCUCACUUUCUCGACGAUUUUCCCACUUGCCAAACACCCCAAUUCCAACCCCAUGGCCGCUUGCAUCGACAUGGCUCCAACAGGCUCAUCAACCCAACCAAACCCACGUUCCCACCAAUCCAAAGAACCCAACAACAACAACAACAACAGCUCAAACCACUUAAAGUUCGUAUCUUUUUGCCGGAGAAGCUUUUCCUCCGACAACACAGUUUCCUGCGCCGCCACGACGAUUUGUCCGACCCGUACGGUCGCCACCACCUCCGAAUCUCGUAAGGUAAUCGAUUAUGGCGAAGACCCAGAUGAGGAUAAGAUCGAUCUGUGGCUGAAAAUGCAAGGUGAGGCUCGUACGGACAUUGAAGAAGAACCCAUUUUAACAAGCUUUUAUUUAAGUUCUAUUUUGUCUCAGAAUUCAUUUGAGAGUGCUCUUGCUAAUCAUCUCUCGUUGAAAUUAAGCAAUCCAAGUCUUCCUAGCAAUACCCUUUUCGAUAUUUUCAUUGGGGUUCUAACAGAAGAUGAAGAAAUCAUCAAAGCUGUUAAAGAUGAUCUUAGAGCUGUUAAAGAAAGAGACCCAGCUUGUAUAAGUUAUGUUCAUUGUUUUUUAAAUUUCAAAGGCUUUUUAGCUUGUCAAGCUCAUAGGGUUGCUCAUAAAUUAUGGUCACAAAGAAGAAAGGUGUUAGCUUUAUUGAUUCAGAACAGAGUUUCUGAGGUUUUUGCUGUUGAUAUUCAUCCAGGUGCUAAAAUUGGACAUGGGAUUUUACUUGAUCAUGCUACUGGUGUUGUUGUUGGUGAAACUGCUGUGAUUGGUAACAAUGUUUCAAUUUUGCAUAAUGUGACUUUAGGUGGGACAGGUAAGGCUUGUGGUGAUAGACAUCCUAAGAUUGGUGAUGGGGUUUUGAUUGGUGCUGGGACUUGUAUACUUGGUAAUAUUAGAAUUGGUGAAGGUGCUAAGAUUGGUGCUGGUUCUGUUGUGAUUAAAGAUGUUCCUGCAAGAACUACUGCAGUUGGUAAUCCAGCUAGAUUGGUUGGUGGGAAACAAAAUCCAAUUAAGCUUGAUAAGAUUCCUAGCUUAACUAUGGAUCAUACUUCUCAUAUUUCUGAGUGGUCUGAUUAUGUUAUCUGAAGUGAAAUGAAAUGACUACUAUAAUAUGAUAUGAUAAUGGGGUGUUUCUUGUUGGUGGUUUAAGUGAGAAUUGAUUCUCCUAUUGGCAAACAAGAAGAAUAGAUAGAUAGAUAGAUAGAUAUAUUAAUUGUUAGAUUAAGGUGAAAAUGUUGAGCAGCAGCUGUGAUUUUUUUCUUUAUUUUUCUUUGUUCUUCUUGUCUUUGUAUGGAACACUAAUAAGAGAAUAGAAGUUCUCUUAUUGAAGGUGACAAAAUAUGUUGUAGCAGCUGGCUGGUAUGGUAGUACUCUUGUUGUGUAAGACAAUUUUCUGCUAUGCUAAUAUAGUCUUGUUCCUUUUAUACAA